AUGGAAAAAGAGCAGAACCUGAGUCUGGCGAAGACUACAGACCAUCCAAUGCCGAGUAAAGAUCCCAGCGCCGCAGUGGCCAUCUCUCUCGACACCGCCACACAAGGAUCCGAUCCAGCGUCCCGAAGCAAGAAACGAAGUUGGAAAUCAUACGCGUGGGAUAGCCUCGACAAAGAACCAUUCGAGCGCGUGCUCCUCUUCAAGCUCGAUGCGGCGAUCCUAAGCCUCGCGGGAUUUGGCUUCUUCAUCAAAUACCUGGAUCAGCUCAACAUCAGCAAUGCCUUCGUUUCGGGGAUGAAGGAGGAUCUGAAUCUCUAUGGCAACCAGUUAAACUACAUGCAGACGCUGUGGACGGUUGGCUACGUCCUCGGGGCGAUUCCAUCAAACCUCUUACUAACACGCGUUGGUGCAUCAAUCUACAUUCCAUGUCUUCAGAUCGUCUGGUCCGCCUUGACGAUGUGCAUGGCCGCCUGCAACACUAUCAAGCCUAUAUAUGGUCUACGCUUCUUGAUCGGCCUCUCCGAGAGUGGCUUCUAUCCGGGCGUUCAGUACCUCAUCGGGUGUUGGUACCGACGGGAUGAGCUCGCCAAGCGGUCCUGCAUCUUCCACACGUGCGGCGCCCUGGCGGGCAUGUUCAGUGGCUAUCUUAUGGCGGCUGUCUACCAUCUCGAGGGCAGGGGAGGACUCCGAGGGUGGCAAUGGCUGUUCAUCAUCGACGGCUGCAUCGCUAUCCCUGUUGCAAUGGCAGGCUAUAUAUUCUACCCGGACGUCCCAGAUACGUGUCAAGCAUUCUAUCUCAGCGAGGAAGAGAUCCAAUUGGCUCAGCACAGGAUGGUACUCGAAGGCCGUGCAGGCAGGACACCAUACACGUGGUCCAAGAUCAAGGGAGUCUUCACGUCCUGGCACAUCUACGGCGUGGUGGCCCUGCAUACCAUCUUCGUGAACAACAAUGCCAUCCCACAACCUUUCUUCUCACUAUUCCUGAAAGACUCGCAGCACCCCAAGUACACCAUCGCGCAGAUCAACGCGAUCCCCUCCACGAGCGCCGCCGUUCAAGUCGUUACGACGCUGCUGUACGCGUGGAGCUCCGACACGUUUCUGCAGGGCGCCCGGUGGCCGCCGAUCAUCUUCGCCAACACGCUGAACAUCGUGAUCUACAUCAGCCUGGCCGUGUGGGAUAUCCCGAUGGGCUGGAAGUGGACCUGCUUCGUCCUGGUGGGCGCCGGCGGCGGCCUCAGCGGCUUGUGCUAUGCGUGGGCGCACGAGAUCUGUACCUAUGACAACGAGGAGAGGGCGUUCGUGACAGGCUCGAUGAACGAGAUCGCCUACAGCGUGCAGGUCUGGCUGCCUCUGCUGGUUUGGAAGCAGAUCGACAGCCCGAAAUACCACAAGGGGUACAUCACCUGUGCGGUGCUGAGCGCGGCCAUGAUCGUGAACGCCAUGGUGGUUCGACACCUGCACAACAGGGAGCGUCGAGGGAGGAGCGUUCGGCAAGACAGGGUGUGA